GUUAUUAUGUUUCACAAUAAUACGACAAGAAGUAUUCCAUUUUAAGUAACCAUAUAUUCCUCAUAGACUGUUAUCUGAUGAAUUUAACGUCUGGGACAUUAUAAGGCAGUAGCCUGUAGAGAGUACAGGUCUAAGAAAUCUAAGAAACAAUUUUAUGAUGUAUUCUCAGUCGAUUCUAGCAGAGACAUUACACAGUAGAUUUGGGAUCAAACUGUGUCUGCCUAACUAAUUUUAGCAACAGUCCUAAGACAAGAAGCAUGCUGUAUCAUGGUCUGCAACUGAAACAAACAGAAAAGCUUGGUUUCGAUUUCCAUCACCGGUAGUGUUACUCUGUAAAGCACUAGUUUUGUCGUCUGUCACAUGAUAGUUUGAAACGCGGUAGUAAUGAAUACUGCGUGUUGAGUCGGACAGAAACGUUAUUUUUAUGGAUUUUGCCCUGUGUAUAUAUCAUUCAUAGUUAAUUUAUUACAUCUAAUGACACAGUUCUGUGGUUCAAGGGUUCUUGUGUUAUUCAAUAACCAGUCCUUCAUUUUGCACACAUUCUCUCAUUCUCUCUACAACUCUCACUGGAUUCAUCUUAAAGAUCUCCAUUGUUGCAGUUUUUGCUAUUUGAUUCAUUUUUGAGUUCCAUAAAAGGAUAACGUGGGAUAUAAUGGAUCUGAAAGAGUACUUAAACAGGAUUGGGUUUACUGGCCAAUAUGACAAAGCCAACCUGGACAGUUUGUUCACCAUCCACAAGCUGCAUGUUAUGAAUAUUCCAUUUGAGAACCUCAGCAUCCACUGUGGCGAGAAGAACACUAUGAAUCUGCAUACCAUCUAUAAUAAAAUAGUCAAGAGCAAUCGGGGAGGCUGGUGUUGUGAAAACAAUCUCUUGUUCUCAUGGGUUCUAAAGGAGAUGGGGUACAAAUUCACCAUACUAGGCGCCAAAGUGUUUAACUCGCUGGAAAAGGAGUACCUCCCCACGGACUGUCAUCUCAUCAAUCUGGUGGAGAUUGACGGGAAGCCGUACAUUGCUGAUGUGAGCUUUGGAGUGUCAUACCAAAUCUGGCAUCCCUUAGAGUUGAUCUCAGGUAAAGACCAGCCACAGCCUUCGGGUGUGUUCCGCCUCAUAAAUGACGGGGUGAAGUGGGUUCUGGAGAAGACUGGAAGGAAGCAAGUGGUCCAAGAUAAGGCCUUUGCUAAUUCUAGCCUCAUUGACAAAAGGCUCAUCAAAACAAUGUACUCUUUCACAUUAACACCCCGUGAUGCUGACCAUUUCCUGGAGACAUCAGAGUACCUGCAGACUAAUCCAGAAUCUCUGUUCAUGCUCAAAUCCAUUUGCUCCCUUCAGAUGCCCACAGGUUUCAGAGCUCUGAUUGGUUGGACGUACAGUGAGGUCACAUUCAAAGAGGAUACAGACUUGGUGGACAUGAAAGAAAUCCCAGAUAGUGAGAUAGAGGCUUUACUGAGGGAAAAGUUUAACCUGGUGUUAGUUAAUAAAUUCACACCUAAAAACAACAAAGUUAAUUAUUGCAUCUAGUACUCAGCUAAUCUACUCAUCUAAAACUUUAGUACCCAGUGUGUUUUGUUUUAAUAUUAAGAUGAAAAAAAUCAGUGUUUGUGAAGUUGUGUGAGCAAACAUAGCCAUCAAUUUUGCCUGUUUGAGAACAAUAAUGACUGCAUUUGUUUAUAGUAUUCAGGGACCAAAAAAAAAAAAAAAAAAAGAAAGAAAUGAAAAGAGCAAAGAAAAAGAAAGAAAACAUACUUCAGCUUAAAAACUUAAGUUCAGUUGCUGCCUUAACAUUUUAAGUAUAUUAAUUUGGCUGUCAUUUCAACUCAUUGUUGAAACUGGUUAAAUUAUUUUGAUGAGUUCAAGUAGGUUAAACAUUUGGAGUAAGAGCUGAAGGCCAUAAUCGAGUCAUUUGUAUGAUUUUAAAUAAGCUUUUUAUUCAGAAGUAAAUGUAAUAUCCUCUGUA